CAAAGACGAUGACGUAUAUUGCGUGAUAUUCGUGCUUCCAAUGCGGAGUGAAAAAAUGUUUAAUAAUAGCAUCGAUACAUUGAAAAUAUAAUAAUAGCCCUAAGCAAAUGAUGUCAUAUACUGGAACAUUAUGAGCGUUGUAUAAUUAGACAAAAGCAAUGAAAUUAUGUAUAGAAUGCGAUCGUCGGUGUUAUCUCGUUAACCUAUGAUCAUUUGUGCGCACUUUAAAGGAAAUCAUGAAAUGCGUGUUUUCAUCUAAAGUUUAACGUUACGAAGAUAAACAGGCUCGAAACGUCGUAUGUGACAUCUAUAAAAAGUCAGGGGGACGUAACAAGUACCGUGAAAGAUGUUUUUUUAAAUGUCACACACAUAACCUUACAUUUCGGCAUAAAUAUGAGACUACUUAAGAUACGAUUCACGUAGAUAACACGUUCAUAAAAUACAGUUUACUCGAGUCGUUUGAUAAAAAUAAUGAGCUCUAUAUGGUUUAAUGGAUAAAAUUUAUAUUCCAUAUAAGGAAACAACAACUGAAAAGAAAAAUGUGCGACAAGUACGUCAUUGGUUACUCGAUGUCGGAAAAGAAACGGCAGAAAAUUAAUUGGAAUGACUUUUACAAUCUUUGCGAAUCCGAAGGGUUUCUACUGAAAAUGAUUGAUGUAAACUCCGAUCUUGAAUCUCAGGGACCACUUGACGUUUUUAUACAUAAAAUGACGGAUAAAUUAGUAUACGCAGAAAAUGGUGAUCAAAAUGCCAAAGCGAUCAUUUCAAGAAUUCAAGAGUACUGCUGCCAACAUCCCGAAGUAAUAGUUAUCGAUCCUUUGGAUAAUAUUAGGGUUUUAAUAAAUCGUUAUAAAUCAUACGAACUUAUACAGCAGCAUGUACAAUUUAAUGAUGUAUUUACUCCAAAGUUUGUAGAAAUUAAAAGUAAAGACAUUGUUGAGAAUAUAUCACUGUUGAAAAAAACAAAUAUUAAAUUUCCGUUACUUUGCAAAUCGCUUAUCGCUCAGGGUUGCAGCGAUGCACACAAGAUGAUGAUCAUUUUCAACGAAGCAGGUUUGAAAGAUUGUCAACCACCUUGCGUUGCUCAAGAGUUUAUCAAUCAUAAUGCAAUUGUUUACAAAAUAUACAUAGUUGGUGAACAUUAUCAUAUAGAUGAGAGACCCAGUUUCAAGAAUUUUUAUGAAGAAGACUGCACUACAUUAGAAACGAUAUUUUUCAAUUCAGUUAUAUUUAAUAGUAAUUAUCGAUCUAAAUGGACAAUUUUAUCAGAAGAAGACAUUCCACUAACAGUUAAACCGAAACAUGAAAUAUUUGAAAAAAUCGUCAAAAAAGUUAUAAAACUCUUUGGGCUUGUUUUGAUCGGCGUUGACGUUGUUAUUGAAAAUCACACUGGAAAAUAUGCAAUUAUAGACGUAAACGGCUUUCCUGGAUACGUUGGCUACCCUGACUUUUUUGAACAGUUAAUAGGUUGCAUUAAGAAGUUAGUCGAACAAAGGAAUUUGCAGCAAAAUUCUAAAAGCUAUACAUUGAAAAAGUGUUUAAGCGACGACCUGGAUUCUGGUUUUGAGAGCGACGAAAAAAAGAAAUAUUCUACAAAUAAAUAAUACGAGUAAGAGAUGCAUUAAAAAGAUGGAUAAUUAUAUCAGAUUGAUAACCCAAUUCACUAUAAUCUAAAAUCUAAGAAGUACAAAGAGGUAUUCUUUGACAAAAAUAAUAUAUACUUUCUUUUUAUGUAAUAACGACUUCAUUCAUUCUUAUCUUUUAAAUUACGUUAUAUUGUCGUAGGAGACUGAAGUUUUACAAUCUGAAAUAUUUAUUUCUUUUUUUACGUUUUUGGUUAAUUUUGCUUUCAUAAUAUACAUAUACAUAUACUAGCUGCACCCCGCGGUUUCACCCGCGUGGAAUACUAUUUAUUUUAUAUGGUUUGCAUUCGAUUGACUGUUCAAUAUAGCCUAUGUUCUUCGUCAGAAUGCAAUCUAUCUCCUCCGCCAAAUUUUAUCAAAAUCUGUUCAGUGGUUUAGGCGCGAAAAGGUAACAGACAGACAGACAGACAGACAGUGACUUUCGCAUUUAUAAUAUUAGUAUGGUUAUAGCUUUUGUAAAAGAUUAAUUCAAUUUACUUAUUUACAUCGACAUUUUUUUAACGAAAUAGUCUACUAUAGUAAGGAACAUGACUGCCAGAAAAAUACUUCGCACUUAUGUACUAUAUUUGCAAUGGUUGAUAAGAAAAAAAUUCGAGGGUAAUAUACGUGAAACAAAUUUACACUUUCAUAGUAAAGUAUAAAAAUGUAUAUCUAAAUUAUUAUAAAGGCAUUAAAAAUACAUAAUAACUUAGUUAUUAUAUAUUGCAGCAUAUAUUUUUUUAUUUAACGGAUCCCAGUUUUUUAAGUUCGUUACAUCCGAUUCAUUUCGUUGCGAGUACGUACAAUUUGCAAGUACAAAUGUUAUGCAUAACAAAACAGAAAUGAUAAUAAGUACUAAUUAUACUGUGAAAUUUUUCUGAAUAAAAAUUUUUUUUAAGG